AUGUCCAGUGUUACACCAUCAGUAUUAAGACAGGCUUCGAGAGCCUAUGCUCGUCGGUUGUCGACGCAGCAUGGUUCCCUUUUCCCCCGGAGGGUGGCCGCCGCCACUCCGGUGACGAGACGCGGCUAUGUCACUGAGACCAAGGCUGGAAAUGCCCAGGUCUCGGUGGAUACCGCUAUCAAGCAGGAGCAGAAAGCUUUCAUGAACCAGACCGGCGUUCAGCCGCAGAAUGUCGAUCUUCCCGGCUCCGGUGUAUCCGGUGAUGCUUCCAUGAGCCCCUCCGCGGGGAUAUUGAAGCAGGCGACAGUAAUGGACCAGGGUACCCGGCCCAUUUAUCUCGACAUGCAGGCCACUACCCCCAUGGAUCCUCGCGUGCUCGAUGCAAUGCUUCCCUACAUGACCGGCAUCUACGGCAAUCCCCACUCGAGGACACACGCCUACGGUUGGGAGUCGGAGAAAGCAGUGGAGCAGUCGAGACAAUAUGUUGCUGACCUGAUCGGUGCCGAUCCGAAGGAGAUCAUUUUCACCAGUGGUGCUACCGAAAGCAACAACAUGAGUAUCAAGGGUGUGGCUCGUUUCUUCGGUCGCUCCGGCAAGAAGAAGCACAUCAUCACUACGCAGACUGAACACAAGUGUGUCUUGGACAGCUGCCGGCAUCUUCAGGACGACGGAUUCGAGGUUACAUACCUGCCUGUCCAGAACAACGGUCUGAUUCGGAUGGAAGAUCUUGAGGCCGCCAUCCGGCCGGACACUGCGUUGGUCAGUAUUAUGGCUGUGAACAAUGAAAUCGGUGUCAUUCAGCCCUUGGAGGCGAUUGGAAAGCUCUGCCGCUCCAAGAAGGUUUUCUUCCACACUGACGGUGCCCAAGCGGUGGGCAAGAUCCCGCUCGACGUCAACAAGAUGAACAUUGACUUGAUGUCCAUUUCCAGCCACAAGAUCUACGGUCCCAAGGGUAUGGGUGCCUGCUAUGUCCGCCGUAGGCCUAGAGUCCGUCUCGAGCCCAUCAUUUCUGGUGGUGGCCAGGAGCGAGGUCUGCGUAGCGGUACCCUUGCUCCCCAUCUUGUAGUCGGCUUUGGUGAGGCUUGCCGUCUUUCCAAGCAAGAGAUGGAGUAUGACCACAAGCACAUUGAGCGCUUGUCGAAGCGCUUGUCAGAAGGUCUCCUGUCGAUGGAGCACACCAACCUCAAUGGAGACCCUGACCACCACUACCCUGGCUGCGUGAACGUGUCGUUCGCGUACAUCGAGGGCGAGUCCCUUCUGAUGGCCCUGAAGGACAUUGCUCUGUCGUCGGGUAGUGCGUGUACCUCUGCAUCGCUGGAGCCUAGUUACGUGCUCCGGGCUCUGGGUACAAGCGACGAGAGUGCCCACAGCAGUAUCCGGUUUGGUAUCGGCCGGUUCACGACCGACAGCGAGAUCGACUACGUCUUGAAGGCCGUGCAGGCUCGCGUGCACUUCUUGCGAGAACUGAGUCCGCUGUGGGAGUUGGUUCAGGAGGGAAUUGACCUGAGCACGAUCGAGUGGAGCCAGCACUAA